CUCUGUCGCCUGUUUGCGCCUUCUGAUCGCGUUCGUUCCGCUCCAUGAAACCACUUUGCGAGUCUGUAGCGGAUUUUCAGUUCAGGUUUCUGUUCAUCGAAGGAGGGUUGAAGUGAGAGGCGACUGUACUGUGUUCUGAUAAAUCCAUCCGAAAGUUUCAUUCUUCAAUCGGCCCGGUCUCCAUCAACAUGUCGACGCUGCCCAAGCAACUACGAGACGAGAGUGAUUUUGACCAGCUUCCUGACAUUCCCAUCAGUGCCACCAUCGCAGACAUUGAGGAGAAAAAGGGCUUCAUCGACUAUUAUCGUUUUGUGAUGGAGGUAAGGACCAGAGGUGGUAGUAAGUACCUGAUAUACCGGAGGUACAGCCAGUUCUUCAACCUGCACAGUGACCUGGAACUGAAGCAUUCACCUGGAGACCAGGGCACAUCUGGACCUAACACCUGCAGGCUGCCCACCCUGCCUGGUAAAGUGUUCAUUGGCAAUAAGAAGGAGAUUGCAGAGAAUAGAAUUCCAGAACUCAACACUUAUAUGAAGAGAUUGCUGGGCCUGCCUACCUGGGUUCUAUUGGAUGACGACAUCAGGAUGUUUUUCUACCAGACUGAGUCAGACAGUCAGCACCAACCACGAGCCCUGCGUGGCCUCCGGCCCCCCUACAC